AAUGCUUCGAAAAUUGUGUCAUCCCACACCGUGUUCACCUCCUCACACGGUCUAGAGUCAAGUCAACUCACUCUCCUAGUCUUCGAUCCAGAUCCCAUCGGGUUGGACUGUGUACACUCUUAAAACUUCAUCAGCUCCCGAGCAAUCUCAGCCCGUACAUCAGGUUCUUGGAUCUCUCCCGAGCUGGGAUCCGUCAAGUUUUCUGCUCCAGCGGCGACAAUUCGUCAGGAAUGGCCAACAAGCCGAGUCUUCUGAGCACUCUGCCGACUAACCCACCAGCACAGUUUCUGAAAGAUAUCACGGACGGCUUCUCUGAAACUCAAAUGCUUGGUGAAGGUGCAUUUGGAACUGUUUACAAGGGCAUUCUGCAAGAUGGGCAGCCAAUUGCGGUGAAGAAGCUUGCAGAGAAUGCGCCGGUGGCACCUGAGAAGCAGUUCAAGAUUGGGGUUGGGAACCUUAUGGCCAUGCAGCAUCCGAAUAUAGUCAGGAUACUCGGCUACUGCCGUGAACCGCAAAGGAAAGUGAUUGAGCAGAGUGGAAGAUACAUUAUUGUAGACGUGGUUGAGAGCUUACUGUACUAUGAAUACGUUCCUAAUGGAAACCUUGAAAAGUAUAUUUCCGAUGCAUCAGCUUCUAGACCUGAUUGGAAGACAUGCUUCGAGAUAAUCAAGGGCAUCUGCCAGGGCUUACGUUACCUACAUAAGGAAAUGGAUAGGCCAAUUGUUCAUUUGGAUCUUCAUCCUACCAACAUAUUGUUGGAUGAGAACAUGGUGCCGAAAAUCACGGAUUUCGGCCUGUCCAGACUCUUUGGUGAAGAACAAACCAGAAUAAACACAAUUAAUGUUGUGGGAAAGAAAGGGUACAUGGCUCCAGAAUAUCUAUAUAGGGGUGAAAUUUCAACCCGGUCAGAUAUAUAUAGCUUAGGUCUAGUAAUCAUGGAGAUUAUAACAGGCAAGAACAGUUCUUCAAGCGACAAAGAUAUGUCUGCAAGGGACUUUGUAGAUAAGGUGCGUGAGACGUGGACAGAUGAGCACAUAGCAUCCAAGCACUCAGCACUAGAUGCAGUCAGCCUCCAGGAAGUAAGAACAUGCAUUGAAAUUGGGCUAAAAUGUGUGGAUAUUGAUCAGAACAAGAGACCUUCUAUAGUUGAAAUUGUUGACAAGCUCAAUGGAAGGCAUGCUCACUGAAUGAUGAACUCCUGCAUACUAUACAUGCAAGUGAAAAUUAUGUUGCGGACCCAUGGAGAUUUGCUCUAGAUGGAAUCAUGGACAAAAUAAUUGUAUGUGUUACCGAUUAUGUACUUUUGAAUAAUGUGUUCCUCGUGUUGUGUCACUUUUUCAGGAGUUCCUUGAUUUGUCAUUGUGUUUUUCUUUCUUUUGACACAAAUCUGCAUGCAUAACCUGUUGAAAAAUUGUGUGCAUACUAGUUAUUUGUUUUUUCUCAUGUUAUGUGAAUACUAUUUUUUU